ACUCCGCCCGGGACGGCGGGCGGGGAGGCUCUUCCGGCGGUGGCGGCGGCGCUGAGCGGGCGGGUGGCUCCUGCGAGCGUGGCCGGGGGAGCGGUGAGUAAUGUCGGGAGAACUGCCACUAAGCAUCAACAUCAAGGAACCCCGAUGGGAUCAGAGCACUUUCAUUGGACGAGCCAACCACUUCUUCACUGUGACCGACCCCAGGAAUAUCCUGUUAACCAACCAACAACUAGAAAAUGCAAGACAAAUAGUGCAAGAUUACAGACAAGGUGUCAUACCUCCAGGACUGACAGAAAAUGAGCUCUGGCGUGCCAAGUACGUAUAUGAUUCAGCUUUUCAUCCUGACACCGGCGAAAAGAUGAUUUUGAUCGGCAGGAUGUCAGCACAGGUACCCAUGAACAUGACCAUCACGGGCUGUAUGAUGACAUUUUACAGGAGCACCCCCGCAGUGCUUUUCUGGCAGUGGGUGAACCAGUCCUUUAAUGCCGUUGUCAACUACACCAACAGGAGCGGGGAUGCCCCCCUCAGUGUCAGUGAACUGGGGACGGCAUAUGUUUCUGCCACCACUGGUGCAGUGACAACAGCUCUAGGACUCAACGCUUUAGCCAAGCGAGUCUCACCCCUCAUAGGACGAUUUGUUCCCUUUGCUGCAGUGGCUGCUGCGAAUUGCAUUAAUAUCCCGUUAAUGAGGCAAAGGGAACUCAAAGUUGGCAUUCCUGUCACGGAUGAGGAUGGAAACCGCCUGGGCGAGUCAGCCAAUGCAGCCAAAUCAGCCAUCACCCAGGUCGUGGUGUCUCGGAUCUUUAUGGCCGCCCCGGGCAUGGCCAUUCCUCCAUUUAUUAUGAACACGUUGGAAAAGAAAGCCUUCUUAAAGAGGUUCCCCUGGAUGAGCGCCCCCAUUCAAGUUGGAUUAGUUGGUUUCUGCUUGGUAUUUGCUACGCCUCUGUGCUGUGCUCUAUUUCCUCAGAAAAGCUCCAUGUUGGUGACCAGCCUGGAGCCCGAGCUGCAAGCCAAGAUCCAGCAGAGCCACCCUGAGUUACAGCGCGUGUUUUUUAACAAGGGAUUAUAAGAAAUGGGAACACACGUGCACUUCGGGAUCGACUGUCCUGCCAAUCACAGACCCAUGAUACCACUGCAGAUGGGACACACGUCCAGAUCCUGGGAUCCGCCCAGUUCCAGGGACCUCUGAAAGAGCCACACUGUUAGCCUUUUAGCAUCAGGCUCUGCCCAGCACCGGGGGCCCAAGAGUGGGCCAGAUGCUCACCAUGUGCUGCCCCUCUCCUCUUUCAGUCACGUUGUCAUCAAAGCACAUUCCCUUGCUGUGAAAUUGUUCUCCCAUGGCAGUCCCGCAGCCCUUCACCAGGGCUGUAAAAACCAAGCUCAAGAGACCUUGCCUUCUCCUUGCACAUACAGAUUGAAGAUUUGUCGUGAAGAAAGAAAUGGGGCCAGGCUAUUGAUAUUUUCUGACUUUUCCCACCUCUUUCCAUCUUGUUUCAAGUUGGGGGGAUCUCUGCAGUGAUUUGGGCAAACUGAGAUCGAGUUGAGGCUGUAAAAAAUUAGUAUAUAACUAUUAAAAAAAUCUAAAUAU